UAUUACUAUUCUAGAUUAAUUUAAUUAUUAUAGAUGUCAAACCUGAACAGACAAAUCAAAUAAUAGAGGAACACGUAAAAAAUGAAAAUGGAAGCAAGACUUGAUAUACAGAGAGUUAUAUCUCCACAUCAGUUGUUCUAAAAGAUAAAAAAUAAUUGCAAAAUUGGUUCAUAUGUGAACUCAAAAUAAUGAAUAUGAUACAUAAAUAAAUAUAUGUAUAUAUAUAGACAUACAUAUAUAUACAUAUAUCAACUAUACGAUAGAAUGUGAUAAAGUACAAAAGUUAUGUUAAGUUCAUGGUAUUGUGUAAAAGGACAGCAGUGCAAGAACAUUUCAAUAACAUUUUGAUGAUGUAUGAAUAAGUAACGACUUAUUAACCGUUUUGUAUCUUGUUUUAUCGCAUUAAUUUUAAGAGGAUAUUUAAUUUUUUUAGUACAAUAAGUGAUUUAUGAAAUAAACAUAGAAAUGCUUCCUAACAUACAUGAUAAAGAUUACAGAGUUUUGGAUUUGGUACGUCAACGUGAAAUACGGGAUUCAGUGGCAUAUGCAGUUUCUCAGAAGUUACAUGUGACAGAAAAUUUGAUAUCCCGGUUAGGACUUGAAAAAGAAUUAGUUGGUCAUACAGGAUGUGUUAAUUGUUUAGAAUGGAAUGAAAGUGGGCAAAUUCUUGCUUCAGCAUCUGAUGAUAUGAAUAUUAUAUUAUGGGAUCCAUUUCGAUAUGAAAAAAAGUUAAUACUUCGUACACGUCAUCAUGGAAAUAUAUUUUCUGUUAAGUUCAUGCCAAAAUCAAAUGAUAGGAUAUUGGUAUCAGGUGCUGGAGAUGGGAAAGUACGAGUUCGUGAUCUUACGCUUCUUGAACCAAUAUUUUCAUGUAAUUGUCAUAUAGGUCGUGUAAAACGUAUUGCUACUGCAACUACUGUACCUUUUCUUUUUUGGAGUGCUGCAGAAGAUGGUCUUAUUUUACAAUAUGAUAUUCGUGCUCCUCAUAGUUGCAAAAGCAAUGGUUGUAAUAGUGUAUUAGUAAAUCUUGUUAAUCAUGCUGGUCGAUAUGCAGAAGGCAAGUGUAUUUCUGUGAAUCCAAAAAAACCUGAACUAAUAGCUAUUGGAGCCAAUGAUGCAUAUAUACGAAUGUAUGACCGUAGAAUGAUUAAGCUUUCUCAGGUGCCUAUUUCGUCUCCACAUAGUAACUGGACAAGAGGAAAUGUAUGUAUACGUCUAGCUGGUGGAGGUGAUCCAGAUGAGAAUGUACCACUGGGUUGCGCACAGUACUUUAUCGCGGGCCAUCUGCAUUCUCGGCAACGUGACAGUAAUAGAAGUCUCACUACUACAUAUUUAACCUUCAGUGCUGACGGAAACGAGCUACUUGUUAACAUGGGUGGUGAACAAAUUUAUUUAUUUGACAUCAAUAAUCCAAAAAAUUUGAAGACUUGCUUUGGUUACUCCUCAAAUAUGUAUUUGGGAGAUUUUGAAAAGUGCAGUAUGGCAAAUCAUGAAGAUAUUACAGAUUUUACCAACAAAAACAUUAAAAUCCUACCACCACAUGUUGAAGAAUUAAAACGUCAAGCAAAUGAAAGCUUUGAACAACAAAAGUACACAUUGGCAAUUAAUUUAUACAAUAAAGCAAUCUGUUAUUGUCCUACUGCUGCUGUGCUUUUUGCUAACAGAGCUGCAGCAUAUAUGAAAAGAACUUGGGAUGGUGAUAUAUAUGCUGCUCUUAAAGAUUGUCAAACAACAUUGCUUCUUGAUCCUGGACAUGUAAAGGCUCAUUUUAGAUUGGCUCGUUGUCUCUUUGAUUUACAUCAAUCAGUUGAAGCUGAUAAAAUAAUUAAAGACUUUCAACAAAAAUUUCCGGAAUAUGCAUCCAACUCUGCGUGUAAAGCAUUAAAAAUGGAUAUAAAAGAAGCUAUAGAUUCUGGUAGAGAUAUUGAUAUGAAUCAAUUAAUGAUUCAAAUAUCAGAAUAUGAACAAGAAUGGCGACGCAAUACAAUUGAUUACAAAAUGAGGUUUUGUGGGCAUUGUAAUACUACAACUGAUAUAAAGGAAGCCAAUUUCUUUGGGAACAAUGGUCAAUAUAUUGUAGCAGGAUCAGAUGAUGGAUCUUUCUUUAUUUGGGAUCGUAAUACCACAAAUAUUAUACGUGUACUAAGAGGAGAUGAACGCAUUGUAAAUUGUCUUCAACCUCAUCCAUCUACAUGUUUACUAGCUACUAGUGGUAUUGAUCCAGUAGUUAGAUUAUGGAGUCCUUUACCUGAGGAUGGUAGCAUAAAUGAAAGAGAAAUUCAGAAUUUAGAAGAUGCUGCAUCUGCAAAUCAAAUACGCAUGAAAAGCGAUCCAUUUGAAGUAAUGCUUAUGAAUAUGGGGUAUAGAUUUCCUGUUCAGCAGGCUGAACUGAAUGAAGAUGGUGAUGAUAAUCAAGAUCAAUCAAUUGUGCAACCUUUAAAUUGUAGACCAAGUUAAAUUUAAAGACAAAAUCUGAAAAGUGACGUUGACUUUUCCAUAAAUAACCUAUCAAAAAAUAUUUGGUAAAGUGUUAAAAAUAUAAAUUUUGAAAAGAGAAGAAAAUAGUUGUACUAAAUAGUUGUGAAAUUCCUAUCAUCGACUUCUUUUAUAUAUAAUAAAAAUGGGCAUAGAUAUGUAAAGAGAUAACACAUUAAAAACAGACAAUAGUUAUGGUAUAAUAUAAUUGAUUGUAUUUUACACACAUAAUACUUAUAUAUAUAUAUGUUUAUUAUAUCUAUGUUUUUUGUAUAAAUUAGCUGCUAAACAUUAAAUGAUUCAAAGAAAUGAAAA